AUGGAUGCUUCCAAAGUGUCCCCCUCUGAGGCAGGAUCAGGAAGUAACACUGACAAUUCUGUCUACGGCGACCAUACCAAUACGUUAGGAAAGAGGUUGAUUGGAAUCGCAAUUGUCAUUGGACUCUCGCUCAUAGGAUUGUUUCUUUGGGUGAGAAUCGCAAAGUGGCCCCGUAGGAAACUCAGGAAAUUAGGAUGUACCUGUCUACCUGAGCCACGAAGGAGCAAGAAGAGUUUGGCGGAGGAGGCUAGUAGGACGAAUGCAGAGAUUGCUGAGCACCACAAUACCACGACGUCUCAGGGAAAUGGGAAUGGCAGCGGGAAUCUGAGGUUGACGAUUCCGGCCUCAGACUACAAAAGCAAACAAAGGUCACCGGAGGAAAAUGCAGCAAUUCAGACUGCCGAAGCAGAUAACAAGCAGAUCCGGGGAGGACCGAGCUUUACAUAUGUAGCUCAUUGGCCUAGCAAAGGUCGCCAUUGGGAUGAUGCUGGACUCAAGUCCACUAGUCGAUCUGCGAAAGCGUGA